AUGAGUGCGACGGAAACAGCCACUGAAGUGGAAUAUGAAUUAUCGCCACGAUAUUCCCGUUCUCGUGACGAGAUAAGCCUGGCGAAUGGAGAGCUUGAAAGAGGACGUUUGGACAUUGAGCAAUCGCAGCUCUAUUCCCAGAAUCGCGAUGAAGCGGUUGCCAGCCCUCACGAAAACGAAACUGUUACGCAGGAACUGAAACCUGUUGAUCGAGGCCGAGAUGCCUGGGCAACUCUUCUGGGCGCAUUUGCAUUUGAUGCAUUAUUUUGGGGCUUUCCUGGCAGCUACGGAGUCUUUCAGAACUACUACUCCGACGUACCCGAGUUCCAGAAAGACGCCGUCCGGAUCCCCGUCGUCGGAGUCUUGUCCACGGGCUUCUACUACUUCGGAUCGCCCUUUUCCGCUAUGCUGGCGAGAAAGUUUCCCAAAUACCAGAGGCAUCAGAUUUACCUGGGCUGGGUCCUAAGCAUAGCCGGACUCUUAUCCGCGUCGUUUACCUCCUCUGUCAAUGGCCUGAUUGCCACGCAAGGAGCGCUCUAUGGACUCGGCUUCGUGCUCAUUUCUAUGCCCAUUGUGAGUAUGGUGAAUGAGUGGUGGGUUGCGCGAAAGGGCAUGGCGUUUGGACUCAUCUCUGCGUCUUCUGGUGCCACUGGAGCGGUUCUUCCCUUUAUCAUCGAUGCUCUUCUUCGACGAUAUGGGUAUAAAGUCACUUUGAGGGCUUGUGCCGUUGCGAUGGCGGUUCUGACAGCCCCCUUGCUCCCACUGUUCAAAGCCCGAUUACCAGCCUCGGACCAGGCCAACCUGGCGAGGAUCAACUGGGGCUUUUUGAAGCAGCCUCUUUUCUGGAUCUACGGCUCCGCAGUCUUGGUACAAGGAAUCGGUUUCUUCUUCCCCGUCGUCUUCUUGCCCUCUUACGCUUCUCUCUUCGACAUUUCCUCCAUCAAGGGCGCGUUACUGGUUUGCCUCAUGUCCAUUGCGCAGGUUCUGGGACAAUUCGCCUUUGGCUACCUCUCAGACAAAAGUCUUCCCGUGAGCCUGUUGAUGACUAUUUGCUGUGCUUUUGCAGCAACGGCAUCGUUUACGUUCUGGGGCCUAGCCAAGUCACUGCCGCUUCUCGCCGUUUUCAGCUUCAUCUACGGCUUCUUUGCUUUUGGGUUCGGAACCAUGCGUGUAGCCAUGGGUCGAGCCGUCAGCGAUGACCCGUCGACCGUGUUUGCCACGUAUGCGAUAUUUGUCUUUUUGAUGGGUGUUGGAAAUAUCUUGGUCGGGCCUUUGAGUGCAGAUUUGAUGGCGCCGAGGGAGGUUAUUCGAGAGCAUUACGCGGGCAACAAGUACGAGCCCAUGGUGAUUGUGACGGGAGCAACAUCUUUAUUUGCUGCUUUUAUUGUUUUGGCGUGGCAUGGCUACAAAGGACUGUCGAAAUAA